AUGUCGCAAGCCGAAUGGCGCAACGGCCUGUGCAGCAACUGCUGCGGCGCAGAGAACUGCGGCUCCUGCAUGGCCAGCUGGUUCUGCACGCCCUGCUUCUACGGCCGCAUUGAGGAACGCCUAGAGCAGUUCCCCCGCGACGACAAGCCCGACUUCCUCAACGGGUCGUGCGUCCUCUUCUACCUCGUGCACUGCGUCGGCUUCUCCGGCAUCCUGACGUGCGUCAAGCGCGGGGAGGUGAGGAAGAGGUUUGGCAUUGGCGGGAACGCGUGUACGGAUUGUUUGGCCGGAUGCUGUUGUCUCCCUUGCUCGCUGGGCCAGAUUGAGACGGAAAUCAAGGACCGCGCGACUGUUGCGCGCCAGGACUCGGCUGGGCCUUAUUCGCAGCCUCAGGGCGGGAUGCAGUACCAGGCGCAACCGCAGCAGCCGGUCAUGGCGUACCAGCAGGGCCCGCCGCAGCAGGCGUAUGAUCAGCAGGGAUACCCGCCUGGGAAGUAG